CCCACCCCUCACCGCUUAUGGAGGGGAGGGAGGGCAAGGAACGAGGCUGAUGUCACAAGCAGGUCUUUAAAAGGGGGCUCUUUUUAAGAGCGGUACAUUUUGACGGCAGCUGAUCCGGUGCAGGAGUCGCUGGUUAAAAAAGAGAAAAGAAAGGCAGCCUUCGUUUGAAAGGAAAAAUGCAGCCUUUACAUAGCUGCCAGCAUGUCAGACCGUUUAAACAAAGAAAGAGUUUUGCAACCCGAGUUGAAGAAGUUGCAGGCAUACGAGGGAAGUUCCCAACAAAAGUCCCGGUUAUUGUUGAAAGGUACCAGAAAGAAAAGUACCUUCCCCUGCUAGACAAAACCAAGUUUCUUGUGCCUCAGGAGCUGACCAUGACUCAGUUUAUAACUAUCAUCAGAAGCAGAAUGGCGCUGAGUUCUACGCAAGCUUUCUAUAUGCUGGUAAACAACAAGAGUUUAGCAAGCAUGUCUCUAACGCUGGCAGAAGUCUAUCAAGAUUACAAAGAUGAAGAUGGGUUUGUGUACAUGACUUAUGCUUCCCAAGAGAUGUUUGGGGGCCUCUUAGCCCCUGGCAAGGGGAAAUGUAAGGAAUGUCUCCAAAAAACAUAAGUGUUCUCUCGGGUGACAGCUAUGUGGCUAGACAGCUCAGCUGUGAAUCAUGCGAGCUGCCUGAAAAUGAAAGGUGCUCUCUCUAAAUGUGGGCUCCUGUCAAAGGAUUCAUGGUCCAGGAGUUGGCAAGACCUGACCAAAGAACCACGUGAUGGAACAAACCGAAAUGAGUGACGCGGAC